AUGUUGAUGCAGAAGGAGUUGUCGAAUCCCUUCAUAUCUCGUCGUCAGCAGUCUGCUCUUCAGGGGGCCUGCCCGAGUGGAGGACAAUGGUACGCGUGUGAUGCCAAAACGUCCAGUGGUUUCGUCGGAUGCUGUACUGUCAAUGCUUGUACUAGCGUUGGUUGUGCUGCUGGGAAUUUGAGGAGUGCCACGUUGGGAACUAUUCCUCAAGGUAGCACGUCCGAUCAAGCAUGCCCAUUUGGCGGUUUAUUCUACACCUGCGUGAGCCCGCCCGCAGGUGCCAAUUUUUGGGGAUGUUGCAAGUCCGCUCCCUGUGACACCGGGUGUCCAACGGAAAAUUUGACAUCGGCAGCACUUGCUCAGACGCCCAAUAACCCAUUCCUACCGUCAACAUCUUCAAAUCCUGGGGGUUCUAAUCCUGAUUCCGAUGAUGAUGGCACACCAGUAGGAGCUAUUGUGGGAGGAGUGGUGGGAGGAGUUUUGGGACUUGCUUUGGUCGGAGUUCUUAUCUGGUGGCUUCUACGAAAGAAGAAGGCCGAGAAGAAGGAUGCUCCGGCAGUGCCCAUGGCUUUCAAUCCUCAUAGCCAACAAGCCGACCCCGGUUCGAACGUCCCACUGACCUACCCCGAAGUCGUUGAUCAUUAUGCCGGCACAUCACCACAACCAACCAAGCAGAACUUCGCACCAUCCGCCUUCACUUCUCCAGCUCUACCACAAUACAGUGAUAGAAGGGCAUCACACGAACUCGGAGGCAGUGGAGGUUAUGACAAUGGUUAUAUCAGUCCCAUGCACAGUCCCGGAUUUGUUGAUCAGCGCGGUCAAGGAUCUCGUCCCAUGUCGUAUGAACUUCACGGAACUGGUAGCCCUGGUAUUCCUCAAAAGGGAAUGGCACACCACACACCAUCCAUCAUGUCCACUGCAGUUUCCGAACUUCCAGCCGAAGAUAUGAGGUAUUCGCAGGUUUCUAGCAUGCGAUAUAGCGGACAGCCACCAGCGAGCCCGCCUCCACCCCCACCGAAUAACGAUCCUAGCGGAGCCGGGUUGGGAUUGUCGAUGGGAGGACAGUCCGGAGAGAGGACAGAAAAUUAA